AUGGUUUCAAAUCCUCUUGACUCCAUUGCUCUUUUCUCUCCUUUUCUCUUCCUCCUCUUUAUUUCCAAUCAUUUUGUUUCUCUCUCUUUCUCAAGAAUGUUUUCCUUUUCUUCUCCCCCCCUCCACUUUUUUCAUAUCUAUCUAUCUAUCUACCUAUCUAUCUAUCUAUCUAUCUAUCUAUCUCAGUUUGUUCAUAUCUAUCUAUCUUUAUUUUAUAUCUAUCUCAGUUUGUUCAUAUCUAUCUAUAUUUAUUUUAUAUCUAUGUCAGUUUGUUCAUAUCUAUCUCUCUAUCUCUCUAUCCAUCAAUUCUGUGAAAGGGACCUGUGGAUUGGCCAUUUCCUUUAUUUUCUUAUAGGAGCCGUUAAAAAACUAUUUUCUUUUCCCACAUUUUCUCUCUCUCUCUCUCUCUCUCUCUUUUCUGAGAGGCAGCUUUUGCUAUCCCAAUAUGCAAUUUGUAAUUUUCUAUUACCUCUCACACUUCUUUCUUUCUUUCUUUCUUUCUUUCUUUCCCCUCCACCUCUUCUAUUUCUUUGUACCUCACCUUUCUCAAAACAUGCCUCCUUUCUGUUUCUUCUCACUUUUCUUCUCUUUUUCUCUUUCUGCUUUUCUCUACCAUUCUCAAAUCUGUUUCCUUUAUUUCUUGGUAACUCAACUUUCUUAAAACAUGCAUCUUUUUUCUUCUUCCUUUUCUACUCUUUCUUUGUUACGUUUUCUUUUUCUCUGAUUUUCUCAAAACUUGUAUAUCUAUAA